GUGAACCAAUGAACGCGCAGUGUUUAUGACAUGACGUCACUGCAAAGUAUUAAUACUCGGCUUCAACCCCCUCCCACCACAAAUCGUUUUCAGCAGUGACGUUCGACAUCUUGUUUGGUACGGCGAGUUCCUCAAAUCAACCGACCGUCUAAAGUAAGUACGCCAUGGCCCGUACCAAGCAGACUGCCCGUAAAUCUACCGGAGGAAAGGCGCCAAGGAAGCAGCUCGCUACCAAGGCAGCCAGGAAGAGCGCCCCUUCCACUGGAGGAGUGAAGAAGCCCCAUCGUUACAGGCCCGGAACUGUGGCUUUGAGGGAGAUCCGUCGCUACCAGAAGUCCACGGAGUUGCUCAUCCGCAAGCUGCCCUUCCAGCGUCUGGUCAGAGAAAUUGCCCAGGACUUCAAGACUGACUUGCGAUUCCAGAGUGCUGCUAUUGGAGCACUCCAGGAAGCCAGUGAGGCUUACCUGGUGGGUCUGUUUGAGGACACAAACCUGUGCGCCAUCCACGCCAAACGUGUCACCAUCAUGCCCAAAGACAUCCAGCUGGCCCGUAGGAUAAGGGGAGAGAGGGCCUAAGCAGUUGGUGGCAACAUUGUCAAGACAAAUGAUUCUAUUUAUCAUACUUAACCAUUCUUGUGGAUUUUUAUUUCUUGGGUAUUUUUUAAUACAUUCUUUUUUUGAAUUUUGUAUUGUAUUUUUAGACUGGGACAAUUCAUCAGUCAUUCCACAAGCCUGAGUACAUGUGCAGUAGUUGGAAGUAUUGUGCAGUAGGAGUAUCCAUCAUGGGUCAUCAUUACUACAUGUUACAGCCAUUAUGCCACCCCUCAAGUUUUUUUUGUGGGUAACAGGCAAAUUCUGGGGAUGAAGCAAGGAUGAAUCUUCACAUCUUCCAUGGGGUCCAGGGUUUCUUCAACAAUCUACCAUCUACCACAAAAUGCCAGCAUGUCAUGCUCAUCAGGUUUCACCAGUGUCAGGUUCAGUUGAUACUCAACACUUGGUGGCAAGAAGCAUGGCCCCCUCUGUAUUUUUCUGGACUGCUUUUUACAUGUUUUUCAACAUAAAAUCUUGGCAGCUACAUUUAAUACUAUUUAUGGAAAUGUUGUCACAUGUCUUUCUAUUAAAGUCUUUAUGAGUAGAAAA